UGGAACAAUUUCUUUGCGCUGUAAAUUUUGACCUUCACUAUUCAGACUUUGGAAGCCAUGGAUUCAGACAAUCUCACAAACCACUCCCGUCCAACCACUGAUGCCAUCCUCACUGUACGAUGCAUAAAGUCCUUCGAAUACAGAACUUGUAAAAACCUCGUUCUUCACGUCAAUCUGGAAGUCAUGACCGUAGGAGAGUUGAAGGAUAUGAUCAGAGAAAAAAUCAAGACUACCUCCGGUUGGAAGCCUUAUUUGAACGUUAAAUUUGAUACCCUCAAGCUUUACACUGUUGCACAUGGUCAUAAGACACAAAAUCUCAUCAUCAACAUGGAUGACGAUGACAAGCUGAUUUUCAAGGAUGACAGCGCAACUCUUUCAUGGCUAGGUUUUGAAAACGAGACAGAAGUUUCAUUCUUCAACUUCGAAGCUUAUGAAGAGUACAAGAAAAAUCCAGACAUCAAGUGGUGAUGUACUACUCAAGACCUUGCCAUGUGUUUUAACGAAAAUCAUAGAUAUAGAAUAGUGCUUUAAUGGAAAUCUUAUGGUGGUAGUAUCGCUGAGAGCCUACUGAAAUUUAAUAAAGAGGUACGACCUGAUUACCGCUUUUGAUGGGUAGCUGGUAUUGCAGCACCCGGCCUGGCGCCACUUGUACAUCCUA